GCCGCAGGACGUGCUGGGAGAUGUAGUCUCACUCUGACGGAGUACAGCCGCCAUCUUGGUUUCGUCGUUCCUGCGCCGGCGGGUAUCGCCUCAGUGACCCCGGCUGAGGGGAACUCCAGUACCAAGGGCGACGGUGCUGCCCGGGGCGGCGAUGUUUGCUUUGUCUUUUGUGCAGAGGUAUUCGCUUUAUCUUUAGCGAGGCGAAGCGUCUCUCCGGCUCUGCUUGCUUUCAAGGGCGAGGAGAUGUAGCCUCUAUUCCUCGCCUCAAACCGGCGGGACUCGGGAGGACGACUGAGGGGGUUGAGCGCCAAAUUUUUCCCUCAUCAAAUAUGGUGGAGGCAGCGGGAAGGGGCGGGAGAUGGUGCCGGCUCUGAGUGAAACGAGAGGGGAGGGUGAGUCGUUAGGACGCGUCCGGAUUCUGCUUCUCCAGCGGCGCGCAAAGGCGUGGGGUGGGCAGAGCAGGCAGAGUGAUGGGUCAGCGUUCCGCUUCGGCUGCCAGAUAUUAAGUCAUAAAACAGGUACUUGUUUUCAAGAAAUAACAAUGGAUGACAUGAAAAAAGUUUCUAACAGCUCUUCCAGUGAUGGAGUUCUACUUAGAAUGGGCCUUAAUGAUAACAAAGCUGGAAUGCAGGGUUUGGAUAAGGAGAAAAUCAAUAAAAUCAUCAUGGAAGCUACCAAGGGUUCCAAAUUUUAUGAAAAUGAACUUAAGAAAGAUCAACAAGUUAACCAACGAAUUGAAAAAAUGAUGCAGCUAAAAGAGAAAAUUACAGCACAACAGCUCUUGAAAGCACAGAUGCAGGUGGACAAACUUGUGGUAGAACUGGAACAGAACCGUGACCUUAGCAGUACAAUUGUACACAUUGAUAUGGAUGCUUUCUAUGCAGCUGUGGAAAUGAGAGACAAUCCAGAGCUGAAGGAAAAACCUAUAGCAGUGGGAUCAAUGAGUAUGUUGUCCACCUCAAAUUACCAUGCUAGGAGAUUUGGGGUGCGUGCAGCCAUGCCUGGAUUUAUUGCUAAAAGGCUAUGUCCUCAUCUAACCAUAGUACCACUAAACUUUGAAAAAUACGGCAAAGUGAGUAAAGAGGUUAGAGAAAUACUGGCUGAAUAUGAUCCCAAUUUUAUGCCUAUGGGCCUAGAUGAAGCCUACUUGAACAUAACAGACCACUUGGAGGAAAGGCUGAACUGGCCUGAACAUAGAAGAAGGUUCUUCUUUAAUACAGAAAGCACUACAGGAAUAGAUAAAGAUUGUAUCUAUAUGUCUGCCAAAUUUAAUGAAGGUGAAGUCUCUUCUUCACCAGUACUGUUUGAAGACAACACAUCUCUGAUGGAUGUCAACCUUGAACAAAGAGGUCUAUCAGUGGAAAACUCGGUUGUCUUUGGAACUUCUGCAGAGGACGUUGUGAAGGAAAUUCGCUUUAGGAUUGAGCAGAAAACUCAAUUGACUGCUAGUGCAGGAAUAGCACCAAAUACAAUGUUAGCAAAAAUGUGCAGUGAUCGUAAUAAACCUAAUGGCCAAUACAGAAUUUCUCCUGAGAGACUAGCAGUGCUAGACUUCUUAAAAGAUUUGCCCAUUAGAAAGGUGCCAGGUAUUGGAAAAGUAACAGAGAAGAUGUUAAAAGCCCUUGGAAUUGUGACUUGCUCAGAACUUUACAAGCAGAGGGCGCUGCUUUCUCUUCUUUUUUCAGAGGUAUCUUGGCGUAAUUUCUUGGAUAUUUCCCUUGGUUUGGGCUCAACACAUUUGGAAAAGGAUGGAGAAAGAAAAAGUAUGAGCACUGAAAGAACAUUCAGUGAAAUAAACACAGCAGAAGACCAGUACAGCUUGUGUCGAGAGCUCUGCAGAGACCUUGCUCAAGAGUUACAGAAAGAGGGACUUAAGGGUAAAACUGUUACAUUGAAGCUUAAGAAUGUGAAUUUCGAAGUUAAAACAAGAGCUUCGACUGUGCUGUCUUCAGUUUCUAAUGAGGAGGAAAUAUUUACUGUUGCUAAAGAUUUGUUAGGAACAGAAAUUGAUAGUGUUGCUCCUCACCCUCUACGGAUAAGACUUAUGGGUGUACGAGUAUCAGGAUUUCUAACUGAAGAAGAAAAGAAAUACCAACAAAAAAGCAUUACAAGUUUCUUAAAAUCAGGAAAAGAAACUGCUUUCCUUAGGCUUCAGCCAGAGAAGUCCAACCAAGAGUAUUUCACAAAAAAUUCAGAAGGAGGGAGUAGAGGGAGUUUUUUUGAUCAAAAGCGAGCAGCAAGACAACUAAACAGUGAGAAUAUUUCUCCAAAUGAAACCAGUGGUAAGCAGCUCUUUCAUGAUGAUAAAUCAUCAGCAAAUUUUGAAGAGACAAAGAAAGUCACAGAUUUACAGGAUUCUAAUGUUUGUAAGAUCUUCACCUGUCCUGUUUGCUUUGAGAAGCAAAGCAGCAAUAAUUUGGAAGAACUUAAUAGACACAUUGAUGAGUGCCUCAGUGGAAUAUGUGUUAAAGAUACUGUGGAAAUAUCCAAGAAUGACAGUUUAAGAGAAAAUACAUCUAACUUUCUUCCACAACUUAAAAAUGAGUGGGUUGAUAAAUGUCAAAAAAAUAAAACAGAUCAAUUAUCAGGAACAGACCAGUCUGCAAGUGUAUCUGACAGCUCUACUGACAAUAGCACCGAAAGAUUUGGUCAGAUAAUACCUGAUAAAUCUCCCGGAGAACGACAGCUUAACAAUCUCAGUCACAUUACUAGAAACGUGUGUAUGAAACAGUGUCUCUUCCCCAAACAAAUAUCACAAGACAAUGAAGACCAUUUUGACAAGACUGAAGAUACAGAAGGAGCUAGUUCAUCCUGUUUCUUUGAAGCCAAAGAAGAUAGUGUUCUUGUUUGUCCAGUUUGUAAUUCAGAACAGAAAACCACCAAUCUUAUGUCAUUUAACAGACAUGUUGAUGUCUGCUUAAAUAAAGACCUUAUCCAGGAGCUGACAGAAAAAGAGGAUUUUCCUAUGAAGACUUAUAAUAUGGAAAACUCAAACAGAGUUUUCUCUGGAGGUUUAAGUAAAGGACAGGUAUGCACAAAUCCAUCACAAGGAACAAAAAGGUCUGGACUAACAGCUUCACAGUCAGUAUCAAAAAAAACCAAGUCAAGCAAUUCCAAACAUACAAUCAAAAUGUUUUUUAAAUGAUUGUGUAGCAACAUGUUCUUUAUGAAGCAUUUCAUAGUUUUAUGACUGCAAGUGAAUUUAGCAUUGGCAGUAGGCUGGAUUCAGGUACCUGUCAUUUUGGAAUCAUUCCAUAUCUGUGUAACAACAACAUGAUGUCUGAGAUAGAAGAAGAGGUAAAAUGAAGUGUUUUUUCUUUUCCUUUAUUUUAUUUUCUUUGGAGAAUAAUACUUUUUCCCCCACUUGUUUCCAAGAAUCAGAAUGUGCUAGCACUUUGAUUUAGGUCCCUAGAAUACACAGGAAUCAUUAGCUAGGGUGCCCCACUGUACUUGCUGAAGGCCCUCUUCCCACACCUGAACUUCCGUUUUCCCUAUUGUAAAAAUAAAAUUAUGAGAUUAACUGUGUGAUAACAAAGAAGACUUGAGUUGCUUGAUUUCACCUAAUGUCUGUCUUCGUAGUGGACACAAAAAUGUGUUUGUCUCGCAGUUACACAGGAUAAGAACAAGAACUUAGUGCACUAUCAAGCUUUCAUUGUUACUGAAAAUUACUUCAGUAAGAGUUGAUUGACCAGAUCUGAAGGACUCAUCGUGGUGAGAUAAACAACGACUUCACUUAUUUAGAAAAUGUUUAAAAAUCUGUUGAUUGAGAGGAUUCCUCCAGGAUACUCAGACAAAUGGUGUUUGAUCUUUGGCCUUUCCAAAGGGACUGAAAACUUCUUUACAGUUUGAAAUUGUUACCAGUGAGUAGCACUAAAUUUACUCUAAAUAAAAGGUUUCAUGGUGCAAUAAUAAUGAAUUAUGUGCAAAUACAAGAUAAUGAACCUUCUUAUUGUUUAGCUAUCUUUCUCUUUUAAAUUACUUUGUAUUUCUGAAUAAAGUGUAUUCUGUAGUGCAUAUGUGGAAAGAGGAAUGUAAGUGCAAAUAUUUUAAAUGCUCUGUUGAGAUUUUUUCUGUUCACACCAAAUUUUUAAAGGCAUUUAUUAUAAUUAAAUAUUUUCAGACAAAUAAUUUAUUAUAACAGCAUAUUUCUUAGAAGUUAUACAAACAAUGCCAAGCCCUGUAGGAAAUAUAAACUGCUUUUUUAACUGCAAGGUCCUUUGAAGAAGAGGCUGCUGUAGAAGCAUCUAUUUUCUUGUUCAACUGUAUGGGGAUUUGCUUGUUUUUUAAACAAACAAAUGUAUACAUGAUAUGUAUUAGAUGCCCAAGCUCAGUUCAGAAUAUGCUUUCCUAUUUCCAGAAUUGCUGGGAUGAUUACACCAUCUCUACCUGCUUAUCUGUUUCUUUGUCAGAUGCCACUGUACCCACAGCUCUGUCAUUUGAAUUCAUGUCAGUGUUCCCUUAUCUGCUUUGGACCAAAUCAGCUGGACUAGUUCAGACUGUAAAUUGAUUCAGUCAGCUUUUUCAAAGUGGGUCAGUGAGCAUUCAGCAUGAGCUGUUCUGUUGACAGACAUGGGACCUUCUAGUAGGAAAGACAUAAAAGCAGCUGAGGGAGCAUAAGUCUGCCAACUGCUGUUUAGAAAGUGAACACCUCUCCCUUUUUUAGUUUGUAUCUCUGAUUCAAUAAAGUGUAGAAUCUAAGUA